UCCAAUAAAUAAUCUUAUCAAUUUGUUUGACAAUCCUAAGCUUUGGAAUUUUCUUCCCAGUUAUUUGAAGCCCGAUUAAGCUCCAAGAAAUAAAAUAAGAAACAACAUAUACUUUAUAACAUCUUUAGUUAGAAAAUUAAGUGCAAGUUGCUUUCCAUGGAAGGAUCAGCUCACCAAAAUCUGCUGCAUUUUACUAGUGAGGAAGCAGAAGAUAUAGAGCCAAUAUGUGAAAACACAGACACAUUUCCUGACUCAAGUUAUAAGCUCAAAUUAUGGCUCCAAAUAUCCAUCUUUAUAUUCUUGGUCCUCUCGGGCCAAAUAGUUGUAACACUAUUGGGUAAAGUUUACUACGACUACGGUGGUAAGAGCAAAUGGAUAGCUACACUUGUACCUUUUGCUGGUUUCCCUGUACUUGUCCCUCUCCUUUGCUUUUAUUCCAACACAGAUAUUAAUAAGAAAGAACCACAAGAAGUUAACAAUAUAGAGCAGCCUUCUUCUAGUUAUAAUUUGGUUUCUGCAUUAGUUUGUGCCUUUCUUGGUUUACUUCUAGCAGCAAACAGCUUGCUAUAUUCGGUUGGUUUACAAUACCUUCCAGCUUCUACUUAUUCCUUAAUUUCUUCUACUCAGUUAGCGUUCAACGCCAUCUUUCUUUCCUCUUCAAUGGGCAAAAAAUUACACCACCUAUACUUAAUUCUGUCGUGCUUCUUACUUUAUCCUCUGUGCUCAUUAUUUUCCAAAAUGAGUCGUCAACUGACGAAAAAGAAAUCUCUUUACCUGGAUUUUUGAUAGGUUUUUUGGCUACAAUUGUUAGA